UUCUCAUUCAAGCCCCGGCUCGGCUUUUAAAAAUAGACCCAGCCCAAGUUUAGCUUCUGUGCCUUGGAGAAGAGUUUGCCUUGAUUAGCUCCGUUAGCCUCUGUGUCCCCGGUGUGGUACCCAGGUCCGCCUGGCAGGGAAGAGGGUUGCCUUUUUUUUUUUUUUUUUUUCUGGCGUGACACGGUUGCCCUCUAGUGUUUUAGGACAUUGGGAGAGCUGUCGGAUUGCUGCGCUCGGUGAGAAUAAAACAGGAUCGUAGUAGGGCGGUAAUAAUGCCAGUGCCGCAUUCAUAAUCCUGGUCGCUGUUCAACAGCUUGAAGUUCUCCCAAGCCCGUGCAACAAUUGGCCUGUGCUGAUGUUUGUUUCGAAUGGCACGUGAGGAACUGAGAGGUUGAUUUAACCUUUGGAAAUCUGACUGGGUACUGAGAACGUGAGUUCAUCCUUAAAGCAGACUAUACCUUCUGUAAAGCUUGUGGAAGAUAGACAUAUGUGCUGCAAUGGUGACAUAAAUUAUUAAACAGGACUGGAACAAGUUGUUGAAAGCUGUUUAUAAUUUUUUUAAUGCUGCUGCUGCUUGGGAACAGUCUAAGGCAAGUAUACAACAUGAGUUUUAUCAUGAAACUUCACAGACAUUUUCAAAGAACAGUUAUCCUGCUUGCCACUUUUUGUAUGGUAAGCAUUGUUAUUUCUGCUUACUAUUUGUAUAAUGGCUACAAACAGGAAAAUGAACUUUCUGAGAUCUCUUCAGACAUGGAAUGUGGUGAUUUUCAGCUGUUGCCAUACAAAUUGAUGGAACUGAAGACAGUGAAGCCCGUUGAUCCCCUGAGGACUGAUCUCGUAGUGCUGGUGUUUGUGGAAAGUCAAUAUUCAACACUUGGUCAAGAUAUAAUAACCAUUCUAGAAUCCAGCAGAUUUCAAUACCACAUAGAGAUUGCUCCUGGGAAAGGUGAUCUUCCAGUGCUUAUAGAUAAAAAUAAAGGCAAAUAUGUUCUCAUCAUAUAUGAAAACAUUUUGAAGUAUGUGAAUAUGGACUCCUGGAACAGAGGUCUUCUAGAUAAAUACUGUAUAGAAUAUGGAGUGGGUGUCAUUGGAUUUUAUAAAGGCAGUGAGAACAGCUUGCAGAGCUUUCAGUUGAAGGGUUUCUCUUUUCAUGUUCACAGCAAUCUAGGUGUUAAAGACUGUUGUAUUAACCCUCAUUCCCCAUUGCUUCAUGUGACUAAAUCGUCAAAGCUUGAUAAAGGCCCCUUGCCUGGAAAUGACUGGACAGUAUUCCAAAUUAAUCACUCAGCCUAUCAGCCAGUGAUAUUCGCAAAAGUAAAGGCACCAGAAAACCUUCCACCACCCGUCGCUAAAAGUGCUCUCUAUGCCACAGUAGUUCAUGACGCAGGACUGCACGAUGGGAUUCAACGAGUCCUCUUCGGCAACAACUUAAACUUUUGGCUGCACAAGCUGAUCUUUGUAGAUGCGGUCUCUUUCCUGUCUGGGAAGAAGCUCACAUUGUCCUUGGAUAGGUACAUUCUUGUUGACAUAGAUGACAUCUUUGUUGGGAAAGAGGGAACAAGGAUGAAUGCCAAUGAUGUGCAGGCCCUUCUUGAUACUCAGAAUCUUUUGAGAUCUCAGAUUACAAAUUUUACUUUCAACCUGGGAUUUUCUGGGAAGUUUUACCACACAGGAACAGAAGAAGAGGAUGAAGGUGAUGACCUGUUGUUGGGGUCAGUGGAUGAAUUCUGGUGGUUUCCCCAUAUGUGGAGUCACAUGCAGCCUCAUCUUUUCCAUAAUGAGUCUUCACUAGUGGAGCAGAUGAUUCUCAACAAAAAAUUUGCAUUAGAGCAUGGAAUUCCAACUGAUAUGGGCUAUGCGGUGGCUCCGCACCAUUCUGGGGUCUACCCAGUACAUGUUCAGCUCUAUGAUGCCUGGAAGAAAGUCUGGAAUAUCAGAAUCACCAGCACAGAGGAAUAUCCACAUCUGAAACCUGCACGAUACAGACGGGGCUUCAUCCACAAAAAUAUCAUGGUUCUCCCCAGGCAAACUUGUGGUCUGUUCACUCACACCAUUUUCUACAAGGAGUAUCCUGGGGGUCCAAAAGAACUAGACAAGAGUAUCCAAGGUGGAGAGUUGUUCUUCACAGUUGUCCUCAAUCCAAUCAGUAUCUUCAUGACACACUUGUCCAACUACGGGAAUGACCGUUUGGGGUUGUACACCUUUGUGAAUCUGGCCAACUUUGUUCAGACCUGGACGAACCUGAAACUGCAAACUCUGCCUCCGAUUCAGCUGGCUCACAAAUACUUUGAGCUCUUCCCUGAGCAGAAGGACCCUCUCUGGCAGAAUCCCUGUGAUGACAAGCGGCACAGAGAUAUCUGGUCUAAAGAAAAAACCUGUGAUCGAUUACCAAAAUUCCUAGUUAUAGGACCUCAGAAAACUGGUACCACAGCUUUGUAUUUGUUCCUGAUUAUGCAUCCUUCCAUCAUUAGUAACUCCCCCAGCCCAAAAACCUUUGAGGAGGUACAGUUCUUUAAUAGAAAUAACUACCACAGGGGGAUUGAUUGGUAUAUGGAUUUCUUUCCAGUACCAUCCAAUGUCACCACUGAUUUUCUCUUUGAGAAAAGUGCCAACUACUUUCAUUCUGAGGAAGCUCCUAGACGAGCAGCCUCCCUCAUCCCCAAAGCCAGAAUCAUCACCAUUCUCAUCGAUCCAUCAGAUCGGGCAUAUUCGUGGUAUCAGCAUCAACGAUCGCAUGAAGACCCCGCAGCUCUAAAGUUUAGCUUCUAUCAGGUGAUCACAGCUGGACCUCGAGCUCCAUCAGAGCUUAGAGCGCUACAGAAGAGAUGUCUAGUACCUGGAUGGUAUGCCACCCAUAUAGAAAGAUGGCUAACUUACUUCCCACCUUAUCAGUUGCUAAUUAUUGAUGGACAGCAGCUGAGAACUGACCCAGCUACUGUGAUGGAUGAAGUACAGAAGUUUCUUGGAGUCUCUCCUCAUUAUAAUUACUCUGAAGCGCUAACGUUUGAUUCCCAUAAAGGUUUCUGGUGUCAACUCCUGGAAGAAGGAAAAACCAAGUGUCUUGGAAAGAGCAAAGGCAGAAAAUACCCUCCUAUGGACUCUGAGUGCAGGGCUUUUCUGUCAAGCUACUACAGAGAUCACAAUGUGGAACUGUCAAAACUCCUACAUAAAUUGGGACAACCGCUACCAUCCUGGCUGAGACAGGAACUGCAGAAAGUGAGAUAGCAUUGAAAGGAAAGCUUCUUGGAAUCGCUCUUCCACACUUCAAUCAUCUUACCUAGAGCUUCCAAUAGCUACCAGGUGGUGUUGUAAAAUAUAUCUUUUCCAAACGAGUAUAAAAGAAUGAAAUUCUUUCCAUAUGCUGGCAUGUGGAUUGUGAAAAUGUAGGUGUUUCUUAGAACUCUGGUGGCCCAAAGUCAUUCUCCUAAUUAUUUCUGGGCCAGUGGAAUUAUUGUAGACUACUGUGCAAACAUGUGGAAGUCAAUAGCAACUGGUAUAAGUUUCAAAAGUAAAGAUACAACUGUCGGGUUUCAUAGUAAAUAUUUACACUUUUAUAUAUCAACCUAAGAGUAUUGUGUCUCAUGUAGAUUUUGUAGCCCAUUGUUUGCCUGCUCACAUUUUUUCUUACUAUUCGACUAUUAUGAUGUGUCUUAUACAGUAUGAAAUGUAAGAAAAUACAAUGUAGCACUUAAUAAUACCAAAUGUACUCCUGCCUUUGGAAUAUGCUUGCCAAAUUUUGAACCUGAUACCUGAAAAUAUAUGAACACAAUUGAGGAGUACAAGUCCAUGUUAUGUAGGUAUACACAAUGGACAGACUAAAUCCUGAGAGCUAAAUCCUGAUUCCACAUGCUAAAACCAUAUAACAAAAGUUGGUAUAUGAAACCUGGCCCCACACAAUGAGGAUAAAUCAUAAGGAUGAUGUGGAUCCCAUAGAAGUUCCUGGUGUAUGCUUUUAACCAAGAUACCUCCUAUACACAGUCCAGUGAAACAGUACAAUAUGGAAGACAGACCAUGUGUCUGAACAAUACCAACUCUGCUUUUAAAAAGAAAAAUAAAUAUAUGCAGCACAGGUUAGAAAAAUUAAAUUCUAAUAAUCGUAGUGAAAGUGUUAGCCUCCUUAGACUGUGAACCAUACCAUAGCAAUGAACUGAUGAAACGGUGUUAGUAGAUGUUUCACUUGAGGUACUGUGAAUUACAAGACCUAGGGCCUGGAUUCUGAUCUCACAUUUUUGUAAGUCAUAAAUAACUCCAAGUCUGUUUCACAGUGGACUUGCACCAGUGAAAUUCUGAUAAGAGCAGAAACAGACCCAUAUUUAGAUUACUUUAAUUUCUGCUGCUAUCUUUUUAAAUGCUUUUUUCAUUCAGUAAGUAACUGUAUGUAUUCUAAAAUCUUACUUAUGCUGAUUGAAACUUGUAGGAUGUUCCAGUGUCCUUCAAUUUAGUAUAUGUAACUUGCAUAUGCUAAUACACCUUCUCCGAGGAGAUGCAUUUUUAAGAUAGUUGGAAUUAAAUGUUCCUAGUAAGCUAAAUAAAAGAGAAUAUACUGUGCAGUCAUGAUAUAAAAUUAGGCACUGAUCGUGCAAACACUUACAUAUGCUUAAGUUAUACAAUAAUGUGUACUUUCACUGAGGCUAUUCAUCGCUCAUCAAAUUAAACAUGAGAUUAUCCUGUUAUUGUUAACGCUUCAAAUUUUAGGAUACAGAUCAUUAAAACUGAGCCAAAGUUUAGCCUUGGUAUUCCUUCACUGAAAUAUGAUUACAUAUGUUUCUAAAAAGUAUAAUGAAUAAAUACCAAGUGAAGUAAAGAAACCACAAUGGUAGGUUAACCUUGCUGUCUAUAUAUAGUAAGGGGGGGAUGUAAUUCAGUAAAUAUGUUCCCCAAAUUUGUCUUAAAAUGAACAGUUAAAGUGCAUCAAAUAAUUAUGUGUAUCAGUACUGUUUUAUUACAUGUUCAUAAACUAUACAAUUUAAUGGCAGUGGGAUGGAAGCCAGUUUGUUAUUGACUAAAUAGAAAACAGACAUUGAGAUCCUUAUUGUACCUCUAACUAGUAACUUUAAGUAGUUAUUAAUUUUGUAUUGUAAUAUCUGGUUUUUAUAGCCUGGAAAAUCAAAUACAUACAAAUUUGUAUAUAAAAAUAUUCAGUAUUCAGCACAUUAUUGCCUAAAGGAGUAUGCAUGAACAAGAGAGAGGAUCUAGCAGAAUAUAAAUUCUUUAAGUUGAAUAUCAUUUUUAUUUAUUAGACAAAAUGAUUUAAUUUCCAUUUAAAAGGACAGAACUUCAGUGAAUUAGGUUCAGCAGUUGAGUUCUCUAAAACUCUGGAAAAAGUCCUCUCAAUAUCUAUGAAGGAAAAUUCCUCUGCAUGCUGUAGGCUGUUAAUGUGACUUACAAAUUGCUGUAUGGAUUUGCAACAGCUGCUGAAUAACAGGAGGAGACACUUAAGAUUUUAUCUAGUGCUACUAGUUUCACUUUUACUGCAAACAUAACCUCACCAAACAUUAAAAAGAAAAAGCACUUUGUAGGCUUUGUACAAAACACCAGAGGCAAGACUCUAUUCCACCUAUUAAGAAAUAUUACAGUAAAAGCCCUGUUAUCCAGCAUUUUACUAACCGGCAUUUCUAUUAACUGGAAUUUCUGGCUGGAUGCGGGGGGUGGGGGGGAGCUCACAUGCGGCCACCACCACCUCCCCCCCGCCCCCAGACUCCACAUGUGGCUGCCCUCCCCCAGCUCCACGUCUGGCCAGAAAACCCUGUGCCUCAGGUAACCCAUAUUUUUAGAUUACCGGCACCCCCAUUCCCCACUCAUGCCAGAUAACAAGUCUUUUACUAUAGUUGAUUUAAGUGCCUGAGUGUAAUUCUACUCUAGUCUGAGACCCUGGAAAAAAAAAACUAGACAAAGGUUGGGUGGGUCCUCCUCCUAACUGGUUUUUUUUCCUGUGAUUCAACCUUAAGGGUAAGAUGAUAAGUUACAAAAGUACAUGCAUUAAUUCAUUUCAAAGGAUUUGAGUAGAGUAGAAUAGAAUUGCAUUUACGUGCCUAAAUCCACUUAGAAGCCUAAUAGGUAGAAUAGAAUCUGGCCCUACUUUGGUUUAUACUUACUCUAUUCUUUAAAGCAGUAAUUGCAAGACAAAUUUGGGGCCAGAUCAUGUCCCCAAAAUUUCCACACAUGGAGGGAAUGUCCUGCACACACAUCUCUCUUGUCCCAUAUAUUAGACAGAUGGGUGCCAACCAUGUUUAUAGCACCACCAUAACUUACGGGGGCAUCACAAAGGAGUCUGCACAACCUAGAUCUAUAAGGAGAUGGAACCCAGGUGGGACAGAGAAUGGAAAACCUCAAGUUGGAUAAGACUUGGUGUAGAAUAUGCAAAAUGUUUUCACUGUGCACCCAGAGAUUUUAUGCAGAUACGGUAUCUCAGAGCCAUGGGUCCCAGUCCAUAGAGUCCCUUGAUGGGGCCUGGGAGGUAUUCCCCUUGCAUAGGGACCUUUGGCACCAUGGAUAUGUGAAGAUCUGGUAGAACCAUCACGUUGCUGAGAAGGGUACAGAGCACAGGAUAGACAUGUUUUUUUUCAAAUAGCUAAAUUUUCUUCCAGGUUUGCGGGGCUGGGCCAAGACUCAUACUCAGGAAAGGAGUGCAGUGGCAGCCCUCAUAACUUGAAGUGAAACAUUGUGGAGGAACUCUGAAAAGGGAUCCUUUAAUAGAUUUGCUCACCUUCAUCUCCCUCAGAGAGGUUUUACUGCCUUAAGUGACAAUCAAGCUGUAGAGCCAUAUCAUUCUUACUCAAGAAAACCUCCAGUUAAAUUCAAUGGGACUUUCAUGUAAGUAAAUGCUAUGAAUGAAAGGAUUUCAGCUUUUGUCCCAGGGCAUGAUCCUGAAAUUUUUAUCAGUUAAAACUCCUCUUAAGGUCAAUGCCUGAGUAAGGUCUACAGGAUCAGGCUCUUAAAUAUCAGCAUUUCUAGUAAGCAAAGGUUGCAUGGCGCAUUAAAAAUACUACUGUCGCAUACACAAAUGGACAAUUACAGGCAAGAUCAUGCUGCCCUUUCAGUUGACAACAGUAUGAUAGAUAUACUGCUCUGAAUUUCCAGAUAUGUGGAGCUUAAAUGUAUUUCUAAAUGGCAAAGAAGGUAUAUAUCCACAGCUUUUUCUUCGGAAAUAAUCUAUUAAAAUAUGUUUUUUUUCAGUAUUCAGCAGGAUCCCAUAAAAAUGAGCUUGGCUUUUACUGGGUGGUCAGCCUGCUUAGUGUCGAACAAUGAGUCUCAGCAAAACAUGCAGACUCCAGACCUUGUGUACAACAGCUCAAGUCAAAUAUGCAGGAGUGGAGCUGAGCAAGCAAUUCAUAGACAGAAUUUAUCUGACAAUUUUAGCCUCUUCUUUUCAGUUUAUCUUCAGGCAAGUUGCAGGUUUAUUUCAAAUGGACUCACUUUUCACAAAUGAUGCUGUCAAUUUUUAUUUAUUGUUUCAUGUACUGAUUGAUCAUAAGGAGUUUAUUGCAAAUCGUCACGCUGAGUUGUUUAGUUGUGAUGGUCAAAUAGAUCAUGUGGUAUGGUUUUGUUCUGUGGUGGGUAAAUGCGCAAGCAAUUCCUACAAAUACUUGUGUACGUGAACUUAACAUUUCUCUUCUGCAAAUACCCAGGCAUUUGACUUUGAAAUUUGCAUUCCACAAACAUCUGUUCCAGUAAAAAUCAAUGCACGGGUAUUUGCAAAAAGUGAACAUGCAGGGGUAUAAAUACAGCUGAUAUAAACUCACUUAAGUAUUUAAGCAAAUGUUCUUGAAAAUGUUGUGGUAUUUUCCCAGCUUUACCUGUGAGAAAAGAAUGAGUUGAUUGAUUUGCAGGCUAGCUUGUACAGAAUACCCUUUUUCAUUGCUUAAAAUGUGAAACUUCCUCAGGAAGAAAUUAAAUAUAUAUUUCAAUGUUUAUAGAUGUAAUAUUCUUGUCAUUCACAUUGAAUGAAAAUUGCUGGAAACAUUUUUCUCAAAAUUUUUUUAAAUUUAAAUUUAAAAGAAACCUGAAUAUUAUUCUGAUAGUAGCAUGACCUCUGAGGUGCAGAAAUAAACUCUGAUAAGAAAAUGAA